UGCGUCAGUCUCGCGCGAGUGGCUUUGGUCAUGAGGCAGCAGCGCGUCGUCGCCUACUCCUCUCUCCGUGACGGCCACCUGGUGCUUGCGUCUCGGCGCCGCUUCGCCACUCUGGUGCCUCGCUCUUCCGACGUCGCUGUCGUCCGGGCGCCGAGGAGCAAGUGAACGGGCAAGGCAAGUCUCGGCACUGUGUACGCACGUACGUUGCGGCAAAGCGUGAAAGGUAUACACACGCACGCGAGUGCAGUUUGGCAAUUUCAUACGUGGGCGAAUGGUAGAACGCAGUUCGCGUCGUUCGACUUGCCGAGCGGCGAUACGAACGCGUUGAAAGGCGAUUUGCAUUUUGAAUCAGAGCUGCAUCCCGCGGAGAAACGCAUCACUUUCCGCGCGAGCGGCACCGACCACAGCGAGCAGUCGAGCCGACAGCGAGGUAAAAAGAAGAAGCGACGUCGCAGCCGCGCUUCUUUCUCCGCGGACAGUUCGGUACAAUGGAGAGCUACACGUCGGACUCGAGCGACUCGGACUCGGCCUCGAAAACGGUGGACCUCUCGUACUUGCACCUGGACUCGCAGGUGCUCCACGAGCACUUCGUGCGCACGACCUCACCGGGUCACGUGGAAACCCUGCUGCUGCAUCAGAACCGGCUGAGCCACAUACCCGACAGCGUUGUCAUGUUCUCAAACUUGGCCACGCUCGACGUAUCCAACUGCGGCCUGCAGAGGCUGCCGGACUUCCUGGCCGAGCUCACCCACUUGGUCUGUCUGUCGGCGAAGAACAACGCCCUGAGCAACGACUCGCUGCCGAAGAGCCUCGAACGCCUGCCGAAUCUCAGGGAAUUGAACUUGAGCGGCAACAGGCUAUCGGAGUUCCCGGAGCAGGUGCUCGAUUUACCUGGACUCAGGUAUCUCUACCUUGGCGGCAAUCAAAUCGGCGAGAUCGCCAAGGACGUCUGGAAGAUACAAAGUUUACAGGUUCUGUCCAUAGGAGGUAACAGACUGACGGAAGUUCCAUCCACAUUGGGUCAACUUACGGCGCUACAAGCUCUAGUCCUCUGUGAUAAUAGGCUCGAGAAUCUUCCGAGCUCCAUAGCCAAUCUUAAGAAUUUAAAGUCGUUACUGCUGCACAAAAAUAGUCUGAGAACUCUGCCGACCGAAAUCAUUACGCUGAAAAAUCUUACGGAGCUUUCGCUGAGGGACAAUCCACUCGUUGUGCGAUUCGUUUCCGACAUGACCCAUAACCCACCGUCACUCUUAGAAUUAGCCGCUCGCGUAGUCAAAGUCAGCGAAAUUCCGUACAGAGAGGAGGAUUUACCCAGGACUUUGCUCAAUUACCUGGACAGCGCUCAUCAUUGCGUGAAUCCUCGUUGCGCAGGUGUAUUCUUCGACAAUCGCGUCGAGCACGUCAAGUUCGUCGACUUUUGCGGCAAGUACCGGCUGCCGCUGCUCCAAUAUCUGUGCAGCAGCAAGUGCAUAGGGCCGCGCGAGGGCAACGAGGAAGUCGUGAGCGGUGCUAUGAUCAGAAAAGUUUUGCUUGGCUGAAGCAAGUCCUCGCAACGUGCGCUGGAAAAGAGAUGACUUGCGCUUUUAUUCAACUGCGUUAUUCGUAACAGGAGGAGGCGAACGACGAAAGCGCGAAAGGAAAGACGGCAACCCAAACGAAAUGUACGCUUGUUGAAUUGUAAGAUGAAUUUUCACGCGAUUGACUUGAUUUUUUGAUGGGAUUCUUUUUUACGAUUGAUGUCAAUAAAUUACACUUCGUGCAACUGAGCUCGUCGUUUGAUUGAUUUUGUAGCGAAGGAUUGCUGGCUGGAUGAGAUUGACUGAACAGUACUAACGUUAUUGUUAAUAUUUUAUUGUUAAAUAAACCACAAAAAUGUACAGUAAUGUCGUCGUUAUAGCGCGCGCAGGCCGCGUGAGCGAUGCGGAAAGCGCGAUCAUCGCCUUUUUCCUCGCAAACUGUUUUUACCACACAUAGUAUGCUACAAAUAUACUUUUUGUCGAUAUUCAGUAUCUCGUAUAAUGCAAUCAUCACUCUAUGCCGCAUUCACUCGUCAUCAGUUUUCUCUUGCGUUCGUCUGGCUUCAUCAAUUACUUGUCGUAUAAUAAUUAUCAGCUGUUAUACUUUUUCAUGUAUAUAUAUGUAUACACUUUUGCAGUUGAAAAUCAAUUUAUUUCUCUUUAGGUAAAAAUUAAUUCAACGUGUUUUCCUUCGUCUAAACGUGCGCGGUCAUCUCUUCGUAGUUAUCAUCAUUACGAUAUAGUUGAUUUAACUUUUAAGAAAUUAAAAAUUACUAAUUUCGAGAGAACAUUGAAUAUACAUCGAAAGGACGUGGAAACGUGGAAAUUUUUUUCCAAGCUAUAGAAAUUCCUCUUGCAAAGUUAUUACUCUUUAAAUUUAGACCUGAUAACGCAUUUAUCAAUAUCAAACAGAAACGGUAGUUAAAUUUCAGUGGCAAUAGCCUUGUUCACUAACGUAUUUUACUUUUUCGUACGCACGACAUCGAUUGAAUUUCUGAAUUAUUUCUAAUUCGUAAAAUGUUUAGAGUUCACUUUUCUGAACAAUUUUCUCCCAACAUCUAUAAUGCAUUGCUUAAUCUUCAUAUAUGAAAGUUAUUAUCAUUACUACAGAUGUUUCAAGAAACACGUAUAAAAAAAAUCUGAAAACAAUAAAAGAAGUUAGUCAAAAUAAAUCUUUCGCAUUUAGUCUUGAAAAACGAAAAGGAGAAAUCUGAAAAGACGUGCUCAUACUCUACGAAGAAUUUAUUUGUGAACAUUGACUAACGAGCCAUCUAAAUUCAAAUAAACAAUCGGUUAAUGAGUCUUCACAAAAGUGUUUAAUCGUCAUGAUAUAUGAUUACUAUUAUUUAUAAUACACAACUUCCUUAUUAAUCAAAAGAUGUUUUACAUGAAAUGGUUAAAAUAAUAAAGAUAGUAGAACACUUAGAAAAAAAGAAAACAUGUAAACUAAUUAUAUCCAUGUAAUUUUUAUUUGUUAAUAAUAGUAAGUAGGCAAUCGUUAAACUUAAAAACGUCGCAACGAUACGUUUAUAAAAACUUAAAAAGAGAAGGAUAGAUACAUUGUAAAGACUCGGCACUCGAAUGUUCCUUCGAAGCAAGAAAAUGUAUUAUUUUUACUUUUUGUAUUAUUUAUUUUUGUUUACUUUGUUUCCUCGUCUCAUUAUAAUCAGUGCAUUUGUCGCUAAUUUGUUUGUUUUCUUUUCGUUUGCAUGCGGUGCACUAAACAAUGAAAUUUUCACGCUCGUUUACAUUUAUCUACAAGUAUAUGCACCCAUUUAACAAGCUUCAUUUGGAUUCAUUCAUGAUUCAGUCGCACGCUCGCAGAUUAAAUUAUACACAUACGGAAUAUCGUCGUCGCUAUUUUUUUUUCUUGUUUAUUAUUAUUAUUAUUAUUAUUGUAAAUCGUUACUCGAUAAUUAUACCCAUAUUGUAAACAAUUAUUACACUUAUCGCCUUUUUUCAUCGUCCAGAUUUGUGUCGGAGUAUGAAAGCAGAGCCUGGACAGCCAUUAAAGAUAUUUUGAAUACAACGCAACUUUGAUUUGUUGACACACGCCUGUACUUUUACAAAUGUUCAAUUACAUUACGCUAACAAUAUGUAGUAUGGAUUUGAAACCAACAGUAAUUUGACAAAAAGAAAAAUUCUUGAAAAACAAAAUGUAUUUACAUAAAAUGUAGGUGGUUAAUUUUACCAAUUUUUUUUAUUUACAUAAUAUAAUUAAUAAUUCUUUUUUUUAAUUAUUCUGACUAAAUGAGAUUUUUUAUUAUUUCCAUUCAUAUAUAAUAUAUACAUUAAUUAACACUUUACGCUGAGCUUAUUUGGAAGCACUGCGUGAAAAAGUUUUUAAAACAUUAGAUAUAUACAAACACUCUUAAAAUUGCUAACUCUACGUUUGCAUAAUGUGUCUAACAUUAUAAAAAAACCGAUAAAUUUUGACGCGCAUGAGUAACGUUUGUAAAAGCACUGAGAUCUCACAAAUCAAAGGAACAUUUUUCAAAACUUACAAAUCAUUUGGUCCAGCGAACAUGAAAAUCGUGGAUUAAGAGUGCAAAUAGGGCGACCUUGUAUAAUAUUCACUCGCUCUAUUUUAAUAUAUCAGCAUCCAAUUAUUUUCUUUUCAAUCAAUCCACCUCAUGCAGAGAAGAAGAAAUGGGAAGAAAUGGUGUGACUGUGUGUCGCAGUAGCGUUAUAACAAACUGUUCAAUUUCGAUAUUACGACUACUAUAAUUUUUUUCUUUUCGUUUAUAUUUUUCAUAAUGUAUAGGUACCUCGGUACAAUCAUUCCACUUUUUCCUUUCCUUAAUAGCUGCGGCAUUGUUCCAUUUUUUUAUUUACCUAUUGAUAAACCUUAAUAGUUAUUAAAAUUAAUUUGAAUAUAUAUUGUAAAGUAAUAUUUUUAUAUAUAUGUAUAUAUAUCAUUUGUAUAUAUAAUAUAUAUAAUUAUUUAUACGUAGACUUUCGGUAUUUUACACGGAUCACGUAAUCCUAAAAUAGGUUUGCCUUUCAACAUACAUGGCUUCGAGACUUGCUCAAAACAAAAUUUCAUGAAACUCUCUUCUCCAAACACACCUCAUCAAUUUUAUUUCUUCAACGUUCGACCUGUUAUUAUGAUAUUCAUUCAAAUUUUCUCUUUUAUUUUGAAAGAUUGAUUCUCAUACAACUGAAACUCCAAUAACAACUAAACAGUGUCUGCGAAACUACUUUUUCUGAGAUAUAUAUAGUUAACUCUCGCUUUAGAAAAAACAACGAUGAACGUUUUUCUACAAUAUACAAAUCAAAAACCGUUUCGUUUUUUCUUUGUAUUCCAACUGCAAAAUAGACAAACAUUAUCGACAUCAGAGAUUUUUUUGUCUAUGUUACAAAUGUGUCGUACAGUAGAUAUUUAUGCGAUUUUUCCCUUUUUUCGGUGCUAUAUCGUUUUAUAUGUUAAAUCUCUCUUUUUUACAAUGUAUAUUAGGACGCAAGCGAGCUAUAUAAAAGUGAUUGUUUAUCUGUUUUCGUCUUACACAAAAAAACGACAAUAAAUGUGUUAAUUUUAUUUGAGCGAUGGUGUCCUUCUUGGUUUUCAAUGGCGUCAUAGCAGGUUUUUCAUUGAAUUUCCUGACAUUACUUUAAACUCUAUUACAAAUCCAUCAAUCCAUGAAUUUCACGGUAUAGUUUGGCUUAUGUGUAUGUGUGUUCGAUACAACUUUUAUUUGCUUGAAUAUCUUAUUUUAAUGAAGGUGUUAUACUUUGUCGUUACGAAAGUUUAAAUCAUCAUAGGAGGCUUCAUACCACUAACAAUUUUUAUUAGCUAUUAUUCUUUUAUCCUUCAAAUACAAACAUACACAAAUUGCUGCUAUCCCCCGUUGCCAAUCUCGUUGCUAAAUCUUUUCUUUUUUUCUUUGUUCAACUUAUUACGUUGUAGUUAUGCAUCGGAUGCCUCGGUUAUGGAAAGAGAUUAACAGAUGAUAGUCUGAAUAAACGACAAUUGGUCAAUAUACACCACGCAUUUAGUGUGUAUUUGCAGAAAGCAAAAUAAAUAGCUUAUAGCCGUCAAACGUUGGAAGAGGUAUAUUCUUGCUUAUUAAUUGGAUUCGACACGUAUUUGCAGUGCGCACGCAUUCCUACAAAGAGUUAGAAAAAAGCCCAACAUACCAGAGCUUGCAGAAAUAUUCAACAUUUCAUUGCCUAUUUGAAUACCAAAGAUUCAAUCAAAAGUUUGUGGAUUUCAGCAACAUCUAGACCAUUGUCAGUAUUAUCGUCAAGGUAUGCAACAGUAGGUCAUUGUUAAAAAAUCACAUACUAUUAAAUAAUUAGAGCGAUAGCACUAAACUUUUGAUCAAACCAUUGGACAAUCGGUGUCUAUACACGUUGCCGCAUAAAAAUAAUUUUUUUUUCUUUCAAGUAAACAACAGAGUGAUUCUUGCAUUAUGUAAUUAGUAAAAACUGAUUGCGACACCACUAAAAAUAAAUUUCUAUUAAAAUAUAUAAUAAAAGUUAAAACGUUCAUUUCUGCCUCCAUAAUGUACACGCAUCCUUCAGUAACGUAUAUAGAUAACUGCCUUUACGUUGUAGGAAGAGGAACUCUACCAGUUCGUUAAGCUGUAGUAGCCAGGGACACUGUGAUAUGUAGGCGCGUGUCGGCAAUCAACAGAGACGCAAGAUUUUUACAUUCGUUCGCACACUUAUGAAAUUUUUUUUUCUUAUUUUCUUGGCUUUUUCACUUCGUGUGCAUUCAUACAUAUGUUACUAAUUUUAUUGUUUAGUUAAUUUUUUUCUAUGUAACUUUUUUUUCCGCUGCCAGUCGGGACUUCCAUUAAGAUUUUGAAAGUUAAGAUUAGUGAAAAGUAUAUAUUUAUUUACAAGAUAAGGCAUUUGUAUACGUAGAUAUAUACGACUCUCGGAAGCUGUACGGUGUUUAUUUUCAUUAUAAUUGUUUUAACUAUUUUGUUUUUAUCUGUGUAAUUCCCAUAUUUAUCUAAAAGUAAAUUACCAAGUUUUGAUAUAAAAUUGAUUAGUGACAGCUCUUGAUUAUUCAGAUCUUUGCAUACACAAUUAAUAUUAUAACAAGAGAAUGUAAAACAAAAAAAUCAUACAAAUUGAAAAAAAUAUUUUGUCAUAUUCGAAAAUUACCAUUUUAUUUAAAAAAUAAGUUCACUGAUAAAAAAGUAUACACGUAUCCUUCAAAAAUAUUUCUACAGCCGAUAUAAAUAUUCGAACUCUGUAAAAAGAAGUAAGUCAAAAACAAUUUAUGUUAUUGGCUUACAUAUUUUUAUAACGUUGAAUGUCCAAAAUGAAGAUAAAACAUAGAAAUUGAAUAACUUAUAAGACCGGUACCAAACAAUUGUUAAUUCUGAAUCUUUAUCGAGUCAAGGCAGGUAUAAAAAAAUUAUUCUUUGUAAAUUUCAUAGCAUAAAAAGUUCUUUGCUAUUAUACACAAACACAUUCACCAGUAAUAGAUUGACAGCCUCAAAAACAACGUUUUUUACUAAGGGUGAAAAAAUAAAAAAAUGUACACAUGUAAACGAAAAUAUUUUUGAGCGUAUGUUUAAACUAUUGAUUUGUUUUUUGUAAAAUUAAAUAAAAGUUGUUAAACGUUCAAGUCGCUUUAUUAAAAGUAUUACUAAAUUUUUUUUCACAAAGAUAAUCAUUAAUUUUUACAAUCUGUUAUAAAUGAGAUCGACACAUUUUUAUUGUUUAAAACGAGUCUUAAGGCUUAUAAAAACCAAAAAUCAAUAAAAAAGAAGAAAAAAACAUAUGAAUUAAGAUAAAAUCAGAAAUAAAGUUUGGCGAAAACAAAACAGACGAUGAUAUAUUGACAUUCAAUCUCAAUCUUUUUGUAUGCUUGUCGAUGUCUUUUUAUGUAUACGUAUCCACUUCUAAAGAGGUUUCCUUCAAUCAGUGAAGAAAGAGAAGCAAAGUAGGUACUUCUCUAUUUGUCACAGUGCCUUGCGCGAGAUUCUCGAGCUUCCGAGCUAUCGAUUUUAAUUUUUUAUAGAAAAAAAAGCUUUUCAAAUACAAUGUCAUAACGAAACAAAGUCGCGCGCUUUGUGAUUCACGUUUGAUCGCGCAAGUGAGCUUGUGUUUUGUAUGUAUUUUUGUGUGGAGUAUAUGCAUCUAUAAAGUAGCGUAGAGGGCUUGAAAGACUUGAGAAAAAAGAUAGAAGAGGAGAGGCCCUUGAAAAAAAACAUUGUAAGGCCGAAGCGCGAGCUUGUUCGACUAAACGCUAUUAUUAGAUAAUAUUUUUUUU